AUGCCAACUCACUCAAAUGCUCGUAAUUACAUGGUGGAAACACUCGUCAAAUAUGCUUCACUGCUGGAAGUGCAAGGUGAUUUGGAAAAUGCAAAAAGUAAAUUCGAGAAAGUUCUUCGGAUAAAGGAGGACAGACGAGCCAGAGCAGCUUUAGCCAAAAUGGAUAGAAAGAAGAGAAGCCCAUCAGUAGAAAUUUUGGAAGAUGACAGUGACAAACCAAAGUCGAAAAAUCCGAAGCGGAGCGAUAUUGAAGAGGAAAAGAGAAAACGCCGACGUACUCAAGAAGCUGAAAGGGAACGAAAACGAGAGCGUCACGAUAAUCGCGAGAAGAUGUCGUGUGCGAAUCACCAUAUGCACACUGGACGAUGUUUAUGCAUCCAUUCAUCCUUACAGUUUCUUGAUCUGGCAAUGCAAUCGCUUCUACUGAAUCACGGUCUCAUACCGUGUCCUCUAUCUUUGGUUCCGGAAUCGCCACCGCCAGAAAUGCCGGUUUCAAUAUGUGAUGCAGAAGACUCGCAUGACGAAAACUGUGGCGCAUCAUGCAGUGCACUGUCAGAUGUGGAAAAACGCCGCAUUAAUCGACAGUUGUUUUUGGCUUUCCCUCCAGAAGGGGCGCGUCACUCGGGCCAGCGAAUGUUCUUUUUUAUUCGGGGGUUCGACGAGUUAGUUAGGGAAGAUAUUGAGGAAAGUGAUGUGUUCUUCCAUGACGAUAAAUGUAGUAUUGUUGUAUUUGAUCAUGAGGGAUGUUCGACGCAACUUUCGGAAACUGCUGAAGCUUUGUAUCGAUGGAUGCGUGUUGGUCCCGUUCAUUGUGCAUGGAAAAGUAUGAGCUGA